AUGGCAGUUUUCCAUAUAGAGAUUAUAAAACAAUAGAGUGGGUAUUGUGGCAAUAAUCGAGGGACAAUUCCUGAUGGCCGCAAUUUACAGUUGUAUACGUGCGAAUAUGCAGACAUCGCUAAAGAUUUUUUUUAAUUCAUUAUAGGCAUCAGAUGAAGCACCUCCAGCCAUAGAGUUCACUGACGAGGGCAAAAUAAACGACGAGACUGUUGCAACGCUCGUUGAAGAUCUGGAGAAGCUAGCCAUUAACCCUGAAUGUUCACUAUACCAGCCUACCUCGUCCCAGGAAGAUACUUCAGAUGACACCAGCAGUCAGGCAACGUGUGGAAGUGGUUCUCAUCCACCAGAUAAACCAGCUGAUGACGGUAAAAAAACAGCAUUGGAGCGAUUCAUGGAUCUGAGUGGUAUUGGGCCUCUGGGAUCCAUUAUGGAGCGUGCUUGGAAAUGUGCCACUACAAAAACACAAGAUCACUACACUUGCAAAGCAAGCGAAAUAAUCGCAAGCGUCAUUAAGACGGUAGCUCCAGAUUCCGCUCCGCAAUUGUGGGAAGCAGUAAGGACAAAGGGCAAAGUAAGCCAGUUCCUUCAAAUGCCAAGACCUGACAAUGGCCUGGUGCAAGCAAUAGUAGAAUCGUAUAAGCUAGCGGAAAAGGCAGAGACAAGGUGACAACUUCUCAGCAUUUGUGCCAGUAAAGUAACGUAUUCAGAGCUUACUGCACACAUUCCUAACCUAACAAGAUACGAGUUCACUGCGGCAAGACGGUACGCACUUGAAGUUGGCGCAGGACUCCCUGUUUUAGCACCUUCCGUGAAACAAACAAGAGAAAGGGUGGAUCCUACAAAGCUAGAACACUUCCUUGACUUCAUAACGUCCUCCAAUAUAGUACAAGACCUUCCCUUUGGUAGGAGAACUCUUACGUUAAGCAGUGGUGAGAAGAUCGAUAUCCCUAAUGUCAUACGAACGAUGCUGCCUUCCCAUCUCAUCAGACAAUACAACCAGUACUGCAGCGAAGAAGACUUCAUUCCACUUUCUACCCGCACCCUCUUUCGUAUCUUGUCUGAGGCUUGCGUGGCCUCAGUGAGAAAGAGUUUACAGGGCUUAGAUAGCUAUGCAGCAGAGGGCGGGCGUGGUUUUGAUGACCUGACUUCCCUCCUGGAUACAUUGAUGCAGUAUGGUGCUAACGAUCCUGAAAUACACAAGCUAAAGGACAGCCUUAAACAUCUCAAACAGUACAUCAAAAGUGAUUACAAGGUAUGUUUCCGAGUAUUUCAUACCGCCUCUUGAUAGAACGUAACCACAUGCCUCUUUUCUCCGCAGAUCCAUUGUUCCAUGGUUAGUUAUGUACCGGACCACUGCAGAGUGUUUGCACUUAGCGAUCCGAAGAAGAAAUGCUUCCAUCGACGCUGUGACCACCACCACAAUCAACAGUGUGAGAGUUGUGAAAUAUUGAAAACGGUAAGUUAAUAAAAUACUAUUGGAAAUCAAUAGAAUAUAAUUCGGUUAAUUACAUAUUGUGUCUAUACAAUGUGCAAUGGUAUAGCAUGCUGAUGCUGCUAAGGAGAAAAUUGUCCUUGAAUAUGACACAUCACCGAAGCUCUCAGAUGUUACAGAAAAUGUAACUUUAUUGAAAAAAAUUUCUCGUUUUACUUAGUCUUUAGAUUUAGUUAAAUCCUUCAUCCAGUCUACUAACCUACCCGAAGACGUGCAGGAUGAUGCUCUAUUUACAGCGAGAACCGCGUGUGAUGCUGUCCUGUCCUGGAAAUCCCACCAGCUCCGCAUGGUCCACCAGGACGUAGCCAGGUCGGAUGCUAUCGACAGUCUUGGUGAAGAUUCCACGCUAAUCACGCAAGACUUUGCCAUGAAGUUCUUACCAGCCCAGUACAGAGAGACACAGGCCGAAUUCUUCGGGAAAAGAGGGAUUUCGUGGCACCUUACAGUUUGCCAAAGCAACAAAGGCGGAAAGAUUGUCGCGCAAACGUUCGUUCACAUAAUUGAAUCUGGUGUGCAGGAUAGUAAUACAGUAGUGAGCGUGAUGGAACAUGUCCUGCAAACCCUGAAGUGUGAAAAUCCAACCUUGAAUAGAGUGGUAUACCGCCAAGACAACGCAGGGUGUUAUCACUCCGCAACAACAAUACUGGCCUGCAAAAUACUAAGAGAGAGAAGUUCACUGGAUCUUCGUCGGAUUGACUUCUGUGACCCGCAGGGGGGGAAAGGUCCAUGUGACAGGAAGGCAGCGCAAAUCAAGACCCAUGUUAAGCAAUACAUCAAUCAGGGCAAUUCCGUCACAACGCCUGCUGAACUUAAAAAAGCUAUUGAAUCCAACGGAGGGAUUAAAGGGGUACGUGUCACGAUGGUACCUGUUCCCAAGAUUGCUGGACGCAAGAAAAUCAAGUGGGACGGUAUAAGCAGUUUGUCCAACUUCGAGAUAACAUCUGCGGGUGUGAGGUCCUUCAAGGCUUAUGGUAUCGGCGCUGGGCAUUUUCAGUCCUGGACAUCAUUUAAAG